UCUCCUCUGUCCCCAAACCAAAACAGUAAAAAGGCAAUAGCAAACCCAAAUCAGUCAUCUCUCCUCCCUCUCCUCCUCCCCUCCUCUCCUCUUCCUGUCAUAAUGCUAACCUCCAUUCUCUCCUUCUUCAACGCAUACCCUCCACACAUCUCCACCUCCUCAGUCCUCCUCGCCGUCUUCUUCACCGUCUUCUUCACCUAUCUCUACACCCCCUACUGGCCUCUGAGAAGCCUGCCUGGCCCUCCUCCUCUUCCUCUCCUCGGCCACCUUCCUCUACUCGCCAGGCACGGCCCUGACCUCUUCACCAUUCUCUACAAUCGCUAUGGCCCCAUUUAUAGAUUUCAUAUGGGACGACAAGUUAUUGUUAUUGUGGCGAGUCCGGAGCUGUGUUACGAGGUGGGAAUCAAGAAGUUUAAGAGCGUUAAUAGGAGGAGUGUUCCGCCUCCCAUUGCCGGGAGUCCUCUGCAUCAGAAAGGUCUCUUUUUUACAAGGGAUUACUCAAAGUGGACAGCAAUGAGAAACACAAUCAUCUCCCUCUACCAGCCAUCACACUUAGCCAACCUCAUCCCAACCAUGCAAACCUACAUAGAAUCUGCAACUUCUCUCUUGUCUAAAUCAGAGGAAGAAGAGAGUGUAAUCAGCUUCUCCGACCUCUCCCUCAAGCUCGCCACCGAUAUCAUCGCCCAAGCCGCCUUUGGCUUCGACUUCGGCCUGCUCGGAAAACAAUCAUCGUCGUAUGAUAAUAAUAACAACAACAACAACGAUAAUGACGAAGUUUCGGAAUUUAUCAGGGAGCAUAUAUACGCUACCACAUCACUCAAGAUGGAUCUCUCUGGUUCCUUCUCUAUAAUACUAGCCUUGUUGGUUCCAAUCCUUCAGAAACCUUUCAGGCAAGUUCUGAAGAGGAUUCCAUGGACAGCAGACUACAAAAUGGACAGAACCAACAGAAAACUAAGUAAGAAACUGGACUCAAUCGUAGCCCAAAGGGAGAAACAAAAGGAGAGAGGAACUAAAAACUUCUUGUCCGCUAUACUCAGUACAAGAGAAGAACAAAGGCAGCAUUCAAUAAAGAAACUCGAUUUCAUUAGCUCCGACUAUAUCAGCUCUCUUGCUUACGAGCACCUCCUCGCCGGCUCCGCCACCACCUCCUUUACUCUCUCCUGUGUUGUUUAUUUGGUGUCCAAGCACGAGGAGGUGGAGAAGAAGCUCCUCAGAGAGAUCGAUGAAUUCGGACCAUCGGAUCGAGUGCCAACGGCUGAUGAACUGCAGCAUAAGUUCCCUUAUCUUGAUCAGGUAAUUAAAGAAGCCAUGAGAUUGUACACAGUGUCUCCAUUAAUUGCAAGAGAGACAAACCAGCAGAUUGACAUUGGAGGCUAUCUCCUUCCCAAGGGGACAUGGGUUUGGCUGGCCACAGGAGUGCUUGCUAUGGACCCAAAUCACUUCCCUGACCCGCAUGUAUUUCGGCCCGAGAGGUUCGACCCGACCCGCGAAGAAGAGAAGAGGAGACAUCCACAUGCACACAUACCGUUCGGGCUCGGCCCGAGGGCAUGCAUUGGUAAAAAAUUUUCCUUGCAGGAGAUAAAGCUCACAGUGAUCAAUCUUUAUAGAAAUUACAUUUUCAGACAUUCUUCUAAGAUGGAGUAUCCCUUGCAAUUUGAGUUUGGCAUAGUUGUUAAUUUCAAGCAUGGGGUUAAGCUCCAUGCAAUUAAGAGGAGGAGAUGGGAAUGAAAUGCUUAUUGUGAAUCUGUAAUUUGUAAAAUUUGUAGUUCCCUUUUGGUAAUUAUGCUCUGUUGUGUGUUGUGAUUGGUAGAAUCUGAUGCGUGGUAAUAUUAGGAUUUAUUCA